AGGGGAAGGUCAAAAAGUAAACAUGGCGCUUCGCAGUGUGUUGAGGUCGGUUUGGACCUCGUUUACGGGAUUAAAAUGUGGGACUACAGCCUCAACACUGGGCUCCUUUCAACCCAUACAUGUUCCUCAGCUGUCCGCUCUGACUAUCCAGAGCAGGGGUAUUCGCCACGUGGUCGAGAAGCAAGAGAAUAAAAUAACAAUGAUUGAGGGACAAAUCGUGGAUGUUCCGUCAGGACCACAACCCCCAAACCCCACAGCCAAGUGUCCUAUCUACAGGUGGAACCUACAGCACAAAUACAACUACAUGGAUGUCUUGCUGCUCCGUCAGUUCAUCAGGUCAGAUGGAGGAAUGUUGCCCAGGAGAAUCACUGGCCUCUGCCCAGAGGAGCAUCGCAAGAUAACCAUCUGUGUGCAGAUGGCUCACAGAGCCGGUCUGUUCCCUGACCACAGACCCAAACUUCCAGAAGGCCAUGUCCCAACGAGGCCGAAGCCACAGCUUAACAGAUAUUUGACUCGCUGGUCCGUCAAAACGGUGAAACCCAUCUACAAAACAGGACUGAAAUGGUGUAAGAAGCGUAUGCCUGUUGGCCACCCAGCACUCAAGGACAAUGUGCGUUAUGGUGCCAGGCCUCUUUACAUGAAACACUGAAGGACUGAAAGCCUGAAGAAUAAGUGCAGCAACUGUAAAUGGCCCACGACGCAAGGACGAAGUGGACUUUCACAUCUUUUCAUUAGCUCUGCAGUUUCCUGUGACUUUUGAGUGACUAAAGCCUUCACCCAUCUGUCAUUCUACCUUUUGUUUAUUACGCUGAGUCACACUUUGAAUGAAUCACGCUUGAUACCACCCAGAGCCAUCUAUUUUGUCUCUGUGGCUUUUUCCAACAAGCCCUUGAAGUGAACUCGCUGACAACCGUGUGAGCAACAACUGGGUUAGUGUAACACUUUCAAAGUAGGUGGUAUGUUGACUCUGUAAACUCAAGGCAACACAGAUGUACAAAUAAAAUGUCUGUUUAUUCUGCCUCCCAA